AUGUUAAUCUCCAGUAAGCAGUUGCCGAUUGGCAACUCCCAGAGCUGGGACACAUUGGGUGGAAAUGAGGGUCAUUGGGAACGUAGUGAGAGUGUUUACGAGAAGCAGGCCCGGAUGGCUGGUCGACGGAACUCCCUGAGCUAUGGAGGGGACACCGGUGGGGGAUGGUACGAGCCACUGUCUGGAGUACGUCCGCCUGACUUGGAUUUAAAACGAGAGCAAGAGUCCUAUCAGGAAUCUCUUUACAACCAAGGAAAUUUGGAUCGUCCUGACCAUCGUAGCAUAAGAAAGAGCUCUGUUCCUGAGUUGAACAGCCAUUAUGAUCGGCUGACCAUGGCUCACCGUGGUUCCCUGCCACGCCACAACUAUUAUCAGCAAGAUUCAAGCAUGCCACCAUGGCCAACUGAAGGCUCUUAUCGUGCAGAGCAGCGUCAUCCCCUUGAUAGGUCAGCUUCACAUUAUGGAAUAAUGUCAGGUCCUCGGCAACUUUGGGAACAAAGCUCAGGGGGUAGGCCCGGUUCUGCUGCCCCAACUCCUGGCAUUCCUCCUCCCCCAUCUCCGACUUUUCAUGACAUGGCUCGUAUUUACAGGAAACCAUCCCUACCUGGGCCCCCAGCUGUUAGUCCUGGUGCUAAAAUGAUGCAGGAUGGUCAGCGCAUUCCAAGCCGAGCACCAUCUCCAGCUCGUUAUGUAACAGAUCCAAAUUCUCCCCGUUAUGUUGCUGAGCCACCUAGCCAUUCGGUGUACAGUAGUGUUAACGGAAGACCGAUUGAUCAUCAUCAGCCUACAGCCACAUCCCUGGUGGUUGAUCCAGCUGCUCAAGAAAUGUAUGGAGCUGCCCGAGGUAUAAGGCCGCAGAUUAUGAACGGUCCGAUGCAUCCUCGGCCACUGGUCGCUCUGUUGGACGGGAGGGACUGCACCGUUGAGAUGCCCAUCCUGAAGGAUUUGGCCACUGUGGCUUUCUGUGAUGCACAGUCAACACAAGAAAUCCAUGAGAAGGUGUUGAACGAGGCGGUGGGGGCAAUGAUGUACCACACCAUCACUCUGACCAGAGAAGAUCUGGAGAAAUUUAAAGCACUCAGAAUCAUAAUCCGCAUUGGCAGUGGAUAUGACAACAUCGACAUCAAAGCAGCUGGAGAUAUGGGCAUUGCAGUGUGUAAUAUUCCAUCAGCUGCGGUGGAGGAGACGGCAGACUCAACGCUGUGCCACAUCCUGAAUCUGUACAGGAGGAACACAUGGCUGUAUCAGGCCAUGCGUGAGGGCACACGGGUGCAGAGCGUGGAGCAGAUCAGAGAGGUGGCGUCAGGGGCCGCCCGCAUCAGAGGGGAGACACUAGGACUGAUUGGCUUUGGUCGAUCGGGUCAAGCAGUGGCUGUACGAGCGAAAGCAUUUGGCUUCAACGUGAUCUUUUAUGAUCCAUACCUGCAAGAUGGUUUAGAGCGAUCGCUGGGCGUCCAGAGAGUUUAUACCUUACAGGACCUUCUUUAUCAGAGUGACUGUGUGUCUCUCCACUGUAACCUGAACGAACACAAUCACCACCUCAUUAAUGACUUUACUAUCAAACAGAUGCGUCAGGGAGCAUUUCUAGUGAACACAGCCCGAGGGGGUCUGGUUGACGAGAAAGCCCUGGCUCAGGCACUGAAAGAGGGGAGGAUACGGGGGGCCGCCCUGGACGUUCACGAGUCUGAACCUUUUAGUUUUACUCAGGGUCCUCUGAAGGAUGCACCCAAUCUGAUCUGCACCCCACACACGGCGUGGUACAGUGAACAGGCGUCGCUUGAGAUGAGGGAGGCUGCCGCCACUGAAAUCCGCAGGGCCAUUACCGGUCGUAUUCCAGACAGUCUCAGAAAUUGCGUCAACAAAGAGUUUUUUGUUAACACGGCGCCGUGGGGGGUGAUGGAGCAGCAGGUACAUCCAGAGCUCAAUGGCGGAGCCUACAGGUUUCCUCCAGGUGCGGUGGGUGUGUCUCCGGGUGGCAUGGGUGGUCCGAUGGAGGGCAUGAUGCCUGGCGGGGUGCCCAGUGCCUAUCCCCUGCUGCCGGGCACCCAGCCCAGCCUCGCCCCUUCCCCCACCCAGCUCCUCAAACACAACGACUAUAGAGAACACCUCGCCAAGUCAUAACAAUGGUGACCGCAAGGACCGAAAACAAACUGACCAUCGAAGUGUUCAGUAAUAAACCUGCAAAUCACAGACUAAGAGACAGUGAACGGGUAAACAAGCAAUCAGCUACCGCUAGCUGCACCGGAGACAUGAUUCACGGACGUCUCGUUUUCUAAAUCAGUUUGAGUGUUUUUCAGUUCUAUUGUUUUUUUGCUUUUUUUGGGGGGGAGGAAAUAAUUUCUACCUGUUCUAAUGCAGGUGGGAUGUGCUUUCUUGUUGGUAAGGGAGGUGAGAUGUGAUGGCCACUCCUCUUUUCCCAUGCACCAAUCACAGAGCUCUGAACGUUGACAUCAUAUGUCACGCACUUUCUUCUUGCUUAUUUGGGCAUGUAACACAAUUCACUACAUCUCAGCAGUUAUUUAGUUAUAUGUUUCUACGUUAUCAACGUUGUUUCUUUCUUUGCACCAACAAAUUUAGUGCUUGUCCUUAUUUCAGUGUUACAAAUGCUUAAUAAUGGAAAACAAAUCGAUAUAUAUAUACAGUAUAUACACAGUGUAUCUAUUAAGGUAAAACCUGUUUUCGGCAAAAACGAUGAUAGUGUAAUUAUUAGGGAGAAUCAUACAAACACGAACAUGUCCGGGUCAUAUUUCUCCCCAAAAUAAAAAUAUAAAAUAACCAAUUAUAUUUUACAUAAGCCUAAAUUAACGUUCAUAAGGAUUUUUUGCAUUGCAAUUAUUUUCAUGAAGACCCCCCCCCCCCCCCCCAACACACACACAAUUCUCAUUACGUAAAUAAAAAAAGUACAAAAAAAAUAAAAGUAUAUUUAAUAAAGCAUUUAUACAUUAUAGUAGUUUUUGUUGUGCUGAUUUUAAUGUACUGUGAUUUAAAUAAAAAAUAAAUAUUUAUUACAGUAAUGAGAAUCACCAUUCAAAAUAAUUAUAUCUCAAAAAGUAAAACAUCCAGAUGCAUUACGGUAAUACAAAUUUGGGAUAAAAAUGUGCUUAAUUGUCAUAAAAAUAAUGUCACAAUGAAAGAACACUUAAUGGUCUUAAAAAGUAGGCUUCGAUUUCUUUAUGCAAAAAUAUAAUUGAUAAAAUUAUAAAAAUAAUAUUGAUAAAAAUAUAAAUAUAAUAAGAUGAUAGUGUAAUUAUUAGGGUGAAUAAUCUGUCAUAAUUUCAUCCCAAAUUCAAAAGAAAGAAAUAAGAAUUUGUAUUUGACAUAAUUCAUAACUUUAGGACUAUUAUGAUUUUUCAUGCCUUCUCAUCAUGACAAUGAACCCCCCCAACACACACACACUCACACUAACAUACCGUUUCAUCCGUUAUGCAAAAAAUUCAUUAUUUAAAUUGUACAGUAAUGAUACAUCAUAGUAAUAUUUGUUUUACUGCUUAUUUAUGGUGAUUUAAAUGAAAAAAUAAUUUGAUAACAGUAAUGGGAAUCACGAUUCAGAAUAAUAAUUACAAAUAAAACAUAUAAAGCAUCUGUAUGCAGUACGGUAAAGAGAAUUUGGGAGAGAAAUGUGCUUAAUUGUCAUAAAAAAAUUUUUUUUUUUUAGAUAGCUAGAUAGAUGGUCUUUAUUGAAUGGAAAUUUGUUUUCACCAGUCUGUCACACCAAACACAAAACAUACAGAUACCCACAUUACAUCAUAUGACAUAUAACAUCAAUUCCCUGCCCCAUCCCGUGUACAUGCAUACAGAUCAGUGCAUUUUGGGGUGAAACGUGAAAAUGUUUUUGCAAGCUCUUUUUUUCCCAACAUUUUGAGAAGCUGACCUCUAGUUUACAGAAUUGCACAAAUUGAACCACCACCAGCUCGGAAAAUCACUCCUAUUUAGACCCAAGAGCACACUAUUUUACUGAUAUAGAAAUGACUUUUCUUUUGUAUACAGCUGUGUCAACACGGGUUGUCAGCAUUUGAAAUAGACAAUUGUCUGUCUUUUUUUCUUUCUUUUUUUUUAAAUGUUGGUUUCCAAAAACAGGAAUUUGGAUUUGAAUGAACGCCAUAAUUUAGAUUUUGUAUUUGUUGAAAUGAGUCCUGUAAAGCUCAAAGAUGCAGAAAAGGGACUGGAGUGAAAACCGCCCGUCUCAGGAAGAACACUCCACUUGUCUAGAACCAAGAAAACAGUGACAACCCAGUCUAUAUACUCGCUCCUCUCCGUCAGCCUAUCCACCCUUGAGGUAUUUUUAUAGAUCUGACAUUGUGCAUUUUUUUUUUUUUUUUUUUGGUGUUGAAUGAACGGCAGUUCAAUUAGAUUUGUAUUGUCUAGUUAAAUGUUUUUGUAACCAUACUCUCCUGUUCUUCUCCCUGUUCCCCUAUUUUUGGGAUCUUUACGUGGGGGACGCACUGUUGGGAGCUCAUUGUGUUGUUCAUAUGCAAUAUUCUGAGUUUCUCGGCCAACUCCAUUCAGGUUGGUUCCAGAACUGUAGGUUUGGUUUUUAGUGUGAGUAUUUGUAUUUGUUUAUUGUACCAAGGUGAACAUUUAGCAUACAGUACAGUUCAAAUAAAAAAUACC